AUGCCCAUUCAUCCCAUUCCAGUAGUAGAAACUAUACACCGAGUAGAUUGCUUUGUUCAUAAGAGAUCCUUUAGAUUUAGCUCUCCAGAGGAACAAGUUAUGCUGCUCUUAUUGCAAACUCUAUUUUACUAUGUCCCUCCAUUGUUGUUCUCCAUAUUCUUCCUCUUCAAAUGGUUGUCCACUGCAAAAACCAAAAGAAAUCUGCCACCUUCUCCACCAAAGCUCCCAAUUAUCGGAAACCUCCACCAACUUGGUGUGUUCCCUCAUCGCUCCCUCCGAUCAUUAGCUCAACAAUAUGGCCCACUCAUACUGCUUCACUUCGGCAGCAAGCCAGUUCUUUUUGUCUCCUCCGCUGAUGCAGCUCGCGAGAUUAUGAAAACCCAUGAUCUCAUCUUCUCAAACAGACCUAAAUCAAGCAUUCUACGGAGAGUUUUCUAUGAUAAGGACGUUGCGUUCACUCCUUAUGGAGAGUAUUGGAGGCAAGUAAAAAGCAUUUGUGUGCUCAACCUUUUGAGUAAUAGGAGGGUUCAGUCUUUUCAUAGAGUGAGAGAAGAAGAAACAGCCCUUUUGAUCGAGAAGAUCAAACAUGCUGCUUCUUCUUCACCGGUGGAUUUGAGUGAAAUGAUUGUUUCACUUACGAAUGAUGUAGUGUGUCGGGUAGCCCUAGGGAGGAAGUACAGUCGAAUAUCAAAAAGUGGUAGAAAGUUUAAGGAUCUUUUGAGAGAUAUUGGGGAACUAAUGGGUGAAUUCAAUUUGGGGGACUAUAUUCUUUGGCUUGCGUGGUUGAAUCAAAUCAACGGUUUAAAUGCUAGAGUCGAGAAAAUUGCUAAAGAGCUCGAUGAAUUUUUAGAGGGUGUAAUUGAAGAUCAUAUUGAUAGUAAGAAAAAAGAGAGCAAUGGUGGUGGGAGUGGUGAUCAAGAUAAAAAACAGCAGGACUUCGUGGAUGUCUUGCUUGAGAUUCAAAGAGAGAACACGGAUGGCUUUCUUCUUCAAAGAGACAGCAUCAAAGCUCUCAUCUUGGAUAUGUUUGCGGCUGGAACUGAUACUACAUUCACAGCUCUAGAGUGGACGAUGACAGAGCUCUUGAAACAUCCGAAAGCCAUGAACGAACUGCAACACGAGGUGCGAGUAAUUGCCAGAGGCAAGCUAGAAAUAACGGAGGAUGAUGUAGAGAAAAUGCAAUACUUGAAAGCAGUGAUCAAGGAGUCUAUAAGGUUACAUCCUCCAACCCCAUUACUAGUUCCCAGGGAAUCAACCCAAGAUGUCAAAGUAAUGGGCUACGACAUUGCAGCUGGCACACAAGUAUUUAUCAAUGCGUGGGCAAUUGCGAGAGACCCAUUGUUGUGGAAAGACGCUGAAGAUUUCAGGCCAGAGAGGUUCUUGAAUAAAUCUAUAGAUUUUAAAGGGCAUGACUUCAAGUUUAUUCCAUUUGGAGCUGGCCGUAGGGGUUGUCCGGGCAUCCAAUUUACCACAAGUGUCAAUGAGCUUGCAUUAGCAAAUCUUGUUCAUAAGUUUGAUUUUGCAUUGCCAGAUGGGGCAACAGAAGAGGAUUUUGACAUCACUGAAGCCCCUGGUAUAAGUGUCCACAAAAAAUAUCCUCUACUUGUUGUUGCAACGCCAUGUUCUCUUGUUAGUGUACUUGCUACAUGA